UCCUCCUCCCUCCCCGAUCAGACUGGAUGUCCAGUUGGAUCCUCCGGUCUCGGUUCUCAGUCAUUCGGUGAGUUCUGAUCGGAACCCGCUCUUACCGACCAGAGGAGCGGGGCUUCUUACGGGGUUAUGAGGCUUUAAGCGGCUGUCACCGCCAUCGCGUCGAGGAUGAACGGCACCGCUGCUGCAGUCGGUGGUUCGGCUCCUUCGUGCCGUUUCGCCCACUAUUUUGUCGUGUGUGGAGUGGACACCGAGACGGGCCUGGAGCCCGACGAUGGAGCAGAAAUGACAGCAGCAGCACGGUGGAUGGCUUUCUAAGAAAAAGCAGACGUGAAUGCUGUUAUUCUCUUCUGCACGAACUGUGUGUGACGUCUGCUGUGCUCUGUGAGGAAACGGAACCAUACAAGUGUGCACAACGUCACUUCCAGGAGAGAAUUUUGAGCAGAUCCCCAUCCGACGGUCCUUCAGGUCAAGAGUUCUUGUGCAUUACCCAGAAAACAGAGACAGGAACCCCUUCAACAAAGAUGCUGUCAACAUGCUCUGCAUGCCCAGAGGUCUGUCCUUCUGCACCCAGGCCGACAGACUCGACCCUCACUUUCACUCCUUCACGAUCACUUCUGACGAUGGCACACGCUCUUACGGCUUUGUUCACACCUUCUACGAGGAGGUGACCAGUCCUCAGAUCAUCACUGCCAUGCAGACGCUCUAUCAGAUGCACCAUGUAGAGCACCACUGUUCAUCAUCAUCCUCACCUUCCUCCUCCUCCUCUUCUGCUUCCUCGCCCUCCUCCUCCAGCAUGGACUCUCUGGUGAGCAGCUUGGAGGAGUCUGAUGCUGAGUCUCUAGCCAGGGUUCCUGGCUGCCUUGGCUGCGUGGGCUCCUUUGAUGCAGCGCGUGACACCCUGUAUGUGUCCAAAGCCCUCUGCCUGAUCACGCCGCUCCCCUUUUUGCAAGCUUCGCGACAGUUUCUGGCUCAGCUUCACCAAGCUGUCACAUCUCAGACAGCACCACCUCUCCCUCUGGAGAGCUAUAUCUAUAACAUCCUGUAUGAGGUGCCCCUGCCUCCACCUGGACGGUCACUGAGGUUCCACGGAGUGCAUGGGCCUAUCGUGUGCCAGCGGCCCGGCUCAGGGGAGCUUCCCCUGGGGGACUAUCCUCUCGGAGAGGCUUUCACCCUGCUGGGUGUGGACAGUAUGGUGAAGCUGCUUACCUGUGCCCUGCUGGAGACACAAGUCCUGCUGUACUCUAAGGAUUACCAGCGUUUAAUGACUGUGGCAGAGGGCAUCACCACCCUGUUGUUCCCAUUUCAGUGGCAGCACGUCUACCUGCCGAUCAUUUCUACUCCUUUGCAUCACCUCCUGGAUGCUCCUGUGCCUUUCCUGAUGGGGAUCCAGCACAGAGACGGAGCUCAGAGGUCCUCCCUCCACCUUCCCCAUGAGGCUAAUUUGUGUUUUGUGGACAUUGACAACCACUGUGUGGAAGCCCCCGAGGACCUUCCCCCGUUCCCAGAUCAGACUGAGUUGAUUCAGGAACUGAGUGAGGUGCUGUUGAAUUUUGGACUCCCACCUCAGGGAGGGGUAACCACUAAUCCCACCACGACCACCACCUCUAGCUCCCCUCGCCUGAGCAGCCUGGUGUUGGAGGACCUGAUGGAGGACAGACAGAACGGGAACCUCGGGGGAGAGGAGCUGGCCGUUCUGGAGAGGCUUCAGGCUCUGGCGAAGAGGUGCGGAGGAAAAAAAGGCUCGGAAGGAGGGAAGACAUUGGAGCAUGUGUUUGAGGAGGAGGAGGAGGAGCUGAAGAGUGCCAAGCUGAAUAUUCAGCUGAGGGAGGUGUUUGCCGAUCGUUUUACAGCCAUUUUUGGCAGCUAUGAGGACUUUAUUGUCCACAGCGCUCCAGAUUUGGACUCCUGGUUGAGCAACAGAGAUGGAUCCUGUAGCUUUGAUAAGGGUUCCUUCCUCUCGAUUCAGCCGGCGGCCCAUUUACAGUUUUUGUCCCGGUUUCUGGAGACGUCCAUGUUUUCUUCCUUUGUGGAUGGGAAGAUCAUAUCCCGCUGGGUGGACAGGGAACCACUGCAGCAGCUGUUUGACAGCCGUUUGGAACAGGAGCGACUGUAUGACAUGAGCGAUGAGGAUUCACGCAGCCGUCCUUACAGGAAAUGCACCACGCUCUCGGAGUCAGCUCAGAUGGUGGAGCGCCGCCUGUCUAAGACGGACCACACGGCAUUACACCCCCACCUGCUGGACAUGAGGAUCGGCCAGGGUCGCCACCAUCCAGGUUACUUCCCUAAGCUGCAGGCGGAUGUGCUUUUACAAGCGCACAACAGCCACAAGUGGUCCAGUCGUGUCACAGCUUCACACAGGUCUGAACCCAAGAGAUCAAUAGUCACUAAUCCCCCAGGAGUGGAUGGUGAACCCAAACAGAGACACGCAUUCUCAAGAAGAACCAUUCGCCAGUCUAAACUACUCGACCCGUCUCCUCGAGUCAUCUCUCAGACUCACAGAGAGUUUGUCGAUGGGCUGUUGAGCGAGUGUCGCCUGAAGACCAAGAGGAUGUUGAUGGAAAGGAUGGGGAAGGAGUGUGUGGAGUUGGGUCAAGGAGAAGCCAGCAUCACGGGCCUGCAGGAAAACACACUUAUCCACGGUCUGUGUGAUCUGUUGGAGAGAACCUGGGGCCACGGUCUGCAGUUGAAACAGGGAAAGUCCGCACUUUGGUCUCAUCUGCUUCACUACCAGGCCGCCCAGGAGAAGAUGGAGGCACCAGUUGAUGUAGCAGGAUCAAUCUGUUUGGACCAGAGGGUGCUUGAGGAUGGCGCGUUGCUCCUGAGGGGCUUUUUAAUGCAGGACAUGAGGUUUAUCCAAACCAUGAGAGACGAUCUGUCUGAAGUGGCUCAGGCCAGAGCUUGGAUCCAUUUGGCUCUGGAGAAGAAAAUGCUGACUCAGCAUCUCAAAGAGCUGCUGAGGAACCAGGAGCUUCUUAGGCAGCUGUAUAAACCUCACGCGUUCCUGCUGUGUGAAGAGGAACGGGAGCAGUUCUUGUUCCACUUGCUCUCUCUGAACACCGUGGACUACCUCUGUUUUACACGCACCUUCACCUCCAUCAGUAUUCCAUACCGGGUUGUUAUAAUACCCAUGAAGAAGCUGAGCAUUGCCAUGGCAACGGUUAAUCCCUGGGUGUGCGUGUCAGGAGAGCUGGGUGAUUCAGGAGUUAGACAGAUCCCAAAGAACUCACAAGAAAUCUUUUUCCAGUGUAAGAACCUCGGCAGGCUGAGCACCCUGCAGCUGGGAGUGCACGAGAACUCGGGCUUGCUUGCCAAAUGCUUGAUCGACUGCGUGAUGGUGUACAAUGAGAUCACGGGACACACCUACAAGUUUCCAUGUGGCCGAUGGCUGGGGAAAGGCGUAGGUGACGGCAGCUUAGAGAGAGUCCUCAUUGGUCAGCUGGUGUCGCCCGGAGCUGAGGAGGAUUCUGGGAGGUGCACAGGAACCCCUCCGGAGCUGACGUCUCCAUCCCAAAGUGUGCGGGCAGUGUUGGGAUCACUUGGCAGCCGAAGCAGGACAAACUCCGUGGAAGUACAAGAGGACCUGAGGGAGGCGGCAAAUAACCUGGUUAAAUAUUUCCACAAACCCGAACAGGAGAGGGGUAACCUGACCGUCCUGCUGUGUGGUGAAGGAGGACUGGUGCUUGCUUUGGAGAAGUUUCUCCUCCACGGGUUUAAAUCCAACCGUCUUUUCCAGAGGAAUGUGUUUGUUUGGGAUUUUGUAGAGAAAGCAAUGGUUUCCAUGGAGACAAGCAAUCAGAUGGGGGACCUGCAUGGGUCAACGCUAACUAAAAGUCCACCUUGGGACUUGCUGUGCCACUACAUGAACGCCAUCACUACUUCACCCCGGAACAUUGGAAAAGAGGGGAAGUUCCAGCUGUUUGUCUGCCUGGGAAUAAGGGACCGACUCCUGUCCCAGUGGUUCCCCCUGCUGGCAGAGUGCCCUCUGACGUCCCGGACGUACGAGGACGGCGCUCUGCUGCGGGACCGUGCUGCUGUCCGCUCCCUCUGUCGAAUUCUUCAAACACUUAACGAGUUCUGCAUCACCCUGGAGGCGGCGCUGGUUAAAGGUGUUGACCUCUGACACUACCAGGCUCUAAGACACAUGCGGAUGAACUGAAACAUUCAUCUUUCUAGCUAGGAGGACUGAAUCAUUAAAAAGGGCCGGUGAAGAAGAUGGAGACACCUGCCACUCAAGCAACAAAUAUUUUGCCUUCUUCACUGAUGUAAAUGUCUUAUUUACUGUAUUUGCUUCAGGAAGUAGUCCUGCAUUUGUUUACACUGUGAAAUCCUGUUUCCUCAAGGUGAAAAAGUUACUGAUAAUCCCACAUUGAAAGUAAAUGUUGUUCCUGCUGUAUCCACCUUUAAACAGCUGUAACUAUCCUUCUGCUUACACCCAAAGUUCCAACAUGCAUGGCCAGAAUAUUUGUUUUUAUUACUUUUGGUGUUGUAGUCUAAACUGUCAUAUCUCAGGCCUUAUCAACCUCCUGUUUUUGGUGUUAUAAUAAAUAUAUUUAAUUAAAAAAAUGAUCAAAUUCUAUAAUUUAAACAUGAGAAGGUUGCAUUGAGCUGAUGAUAUCCUGUGUAACAUCUGGCCUGCUUUCAUGUUGUUUAUUUUCAGUUUAAGGUCCCUUUCUGCACGAAAACUCAUUUUGUCCGUUCAGUAUGAUCGUUUAGUCAGAAUUCCUUUUACCCCUUUUUUCUUGUAGAUAUUUCUGCUUCACUCAGUAUUGCAGAGAAAUUCUCCAUCCUUCCACUUGAAUUGUUUCCAGUUGUUGAUGCGGUGUAAUGACUCUGUUGUAAAUGUUUCUUUUUCUGUAUAAAGGCGUCAUCUUAGCUUCUGUGAUCCUCAUUGGUCACACUUUCUGGAGUGGAAGACAGACAGGCUGUUGGUUUCUAAAAGUGUAUUCUUUGCUCGACUGCAAAAGGUGAAAAUAGCACAGGUUCAUAAACAUGCAAAAGUAUUAUGUUGGGUUUAAUUUAAGAGUUAUGAAAAUGCUGUCUUCUGCACUAUACUGCAAGCACUAUGUACCCUACUAUGAGCAGUUGUUUCAAUACACAUUAGAGAAAGCAAUAAUGAGGUAUUUAUGAAGUGUGUUGUUGAAAAUUAAAGUUAUUGACACAUCUGA